AAAGGAAGCCCAAAACUUCAAAUUUGGGUUGGGUGAACGCUCCCACCGCUUCGGUGGAAAUCACCUGGAGAAGAGCAAAGGAAAAGAAACCGGAGGUGGAACUUGUAAGAACAUAAACACAACCCAGCCGGUGAGCUUACAAUUGAACAACAACGAGGGUUUAAUCCUCACACCCCUCAUCUAUGGGUUUAAAAAAGAUGGAGUUUGGGAUGAACAUUGGAGCUUUUCUUGUAAGAGAGCUUUUGGCGAGUCCACGUGGAUGCUGAUGUGGAUGCUGAUGUGGAGGGUAAACCACUCUACAACGUAUUUCUCCCUUGGAAACCACAUUAUUUUUUGUCUUAAUCCCUUCAACAUCUUCUCUUGUACUGAUUUCAAAUUUCUUCUUUUUUUUUUCUCCAACGAUUUAGUAGGUAACAAUUAAAUUCAUUUAUAAUCAUAAAGUAGACAUAAUUUAAAAAAACUGACUUUUGGUGUGUGGGUAGGUAUAAGAGUUUCCUUUCCUCCGACCAAAUAAAGAGGAAUUGGUAAGUCCAAUUACUCUUCUCCUACCAACGACUAUGAAACGAAGAUUCAAUCUGAACCCACAGACAAGUAAAUAAAUAACGCCGCACAUCAAAAGCCGACAUCCCCUGUUUUUGGCGGCGUCUCUGUAUUUUGCACCAAAAAGGAUAAACCUUUCCCCUUCCCCACCCUCCCUCUUUCUCAUCUUGAUCCACCCAGUUUGAGCAAUCCAUAUCCUCUCUUACACCUUACACCCUCCCCUUUAAUGGCGUCCAUCCACACUUCACUCUCCUUUUACAUCUCUACCCCUCUCCAUCUUUUCUUACUCCUCUUCUUCCAUCGAAUUUUGCACCCACUUCAUACAAUAUCCCCUAACUUAGUCAACCCGCUACCAGACUAGAAGAAGACACUAACUAUUCUUUGACUCAUAUAAACUAUUUUGUUCACACGUGUGCUCCCUCCAUUCCUUUUAGAUUCCUUGUAGCCUCUUCGUAAAUGUCUUUUAUAUACUCCCCUUUUUAAGCUAAUUCUGAAACAAAGUGAACUCAGACAUGAAAGGUGGUGGUGCUUUUCACAGAUUCUGCCUCUGGUUUCUCCUUACAAUCUUUCUUGGUAAUGGUAAUACUCUUCUUUUUCUUUUCUUCUAUUCAUCUCUAGUUUGUUAUCUACUGCAUCUUCUUCCCCAUCUGACUUACUUUUACACCCAUCUUCUUCUUUUUCUUUUUUCUCUUUGGGUGGAUUCAGAAUUCAAGUUGGUUCAUUUGAGAGUUCUUCAGGCAGCUGCAAGAGAAAACAGAAAUGGGAUUUCUUCGAUGUCGCUUCAAUCUUCUAACAGUGGUAAAGAGAUGAAUCGUAUUGGUUCGAGAUGUGCAAAAGACGAUAUCAUUAUAUUUCAAGGCCCAGCAACUCCACUUCCGGGUGGGAUCCCAACAUACAUAGUUCAGAUCUUGAACUCAUGUGCUUCAGACUGCAGCAUCUCCAACAUUCAUGUGAAAUGUGGAUGGUUCAGCUCAGCCAGAUUGGUGAAUCCAAGAAUUUUUAAGCGAGUCAGUUAUGAUGACUGCCUUGUCAAUGAUGGUCGGGCUCUUGGUCCUGGUCGAACUCUUUCUUUUCAAUAUGCUAAUACUUUCCCUUACCCACUUUCUGUAUCUUCUGCAACUUGUUCUUCUUAAAUUAACAAGUCUUUAAACAAACAGUCGAUGGAGAAACCUUAAGAAUUGUCUAUGAUCAAUCAGUAUUCUAGGAGAUCCAUCUUUUAUAUAUAUAUACAUAUAUUAUGGUUGAGAUAUGAAUCCAUAUUCUUCCCACAAAUAUCGUUUGAUCAUCAUCAGAAGUUCAAUGUCCAAAAGAUCAAACCUUCGAUGUAGAAUCUCUUAUUCUCUGUCAAUUCUCAGAUAUCUUAGUAAGGAACGCUUAUUUUA